AUGGCCAAGUGGGGCCAGGGGGACCCGCGCUGGAUCGUGGAGGAGCGAGCGGACGCCACCAACGUGAACAACUGGCACUGGACGGAGCGGGACGCGACCAGCUGGUCAAAAAGCAAACUGGAGCAGCUGCUGGUGGGGAUCGUGGUGGGCAAUGAGGCGGGCAGCUGUGAAAUAAGCGACCUGAAGCAAUUGGAAGGCGAAGCCUCCUGCAACAGCCGGAAAGGGAAACUGAUUUUCUUCUACGAAUGGAACAUAAAACUUAGCUGGAAAGGUACAAUGAAAGAAUCUGGUGAGAAACAUGAGGGAUCUGUUGAAAUUCCUAACCUGUCAGAAGAAAAUGAGGUGGAUGAUACAGAGAUAAGUGUAAGCAAAAAGAAAGGAGAUGGAGAUGUGCUAAAGGAUCUUAUGAGAACAGAAGGAACUUCAAAAGUCAGGGAGGCUCUCAGAGAUUAUCUGAAAGUUCUUAAAACAGAGUUUACUCUGGGAAUGAUCCUACCAACCAAAACUUCAGCUGGUCCGGAACUGGCGGUUAAAAAAAAAUUGAGUGAGAAUAAUGUGCAGGAUUCUGUUAUACCAAUUUCUUUGGAUACAGUUGGUGUCAAGAUUCCAACAGUAAAGAUACUUCUGAAAGAGAUGUUUGACUCUCCGGUAGCGGAGCUUUAUAGCAUCUUCAUAACUAAGGAGUUGGUGCAAAAAUUUUCUAAAAGUCGUGCUGUGAUCGAAGCCAAAAGAGGAGGAAAAUUUCAAAUGUUUGAUGGUUGUAUUACUGGUGAAUAUAUAGAAUUGUUACCCAGCCAAAGGAUUGUCAUGAAAUGGAGAUGCAGGAACUGGCCUCAUGAAUAUUAUGCAACAGUUGCUUUGAAUUUCAAGGAUCAGGCAACUCAAACUGAAUUACAGUUAGAGUGCAAAGGUGUCCCUGUCUGUAAUGAAGACAGUACAAGACAGUGUUGGCAGAAGCAGCAUUUUGAAGAAAUACGUGUUUUACUGCAGCAGACCAAAGUAAAUGCUGAAUGA